UUUCAACAACAAAGAGCACCUGACACGCCCGCCGCACAUCCCAACACAACGACGUCGAUCAGCGCUUGUGUAGUAUCAGCUACGUGCCUACCUAUCGUCGCGACGUUGUGGUUCGCUACCUACAACUUCCGUGUUUACUGUUCACCGAUCUCUGCCGUACGAUUCCCACGAUAUCAUUCGGAUCUCCAAGACGCGACAACCAAGACCAAUCAUUCGACUCGCUCUCUCAAAAUCAGAUCAGAUUCAGCAAUCAUGUCGCAACAAUCGCAUCCUACGGGUACCUUGGCGAACCUGCCCCAACCGCCCUCCAAUCCGGACACCCCGUCUGAGAUGCCUGGCACCCCAACCAGCACCACCACCUCGCUUUCCACCCUCUCCACAACCGCCAUCAAGGACGGCCACCGUGGCCAUGUCCAUCAUGGAAGCGGACCGCAUACAAGUAACCGUUUCAGCGGCGACUACACCCGAAACCCCCCUUCCAACCCCGAAGCCGAGCGCAACGACCGCAUAAGCCGUCUCCCGGGCAUGAUGUCCGCCCUCCGCGGUGUACAGUCCUCCGGCUCUACCGGCACUCCCCAACAAGGCAUGAACACUAACCCAUAUGGCCAGUCUUCAUACUACCAGCAGCAACAACAAAACCAACAGAACAACCCCAAUGUGCCGGUAACACCAGCCUACUUUGACGCGGCAGGCCAGCCCAGAGCUGCAACCAAAAUGUCCACGGUCGGCUCCGCCUCGGCCACCGAUUCGGCAUACGAGGGCACCACCACCGCCUCGCUUUCCGCCACCUCCCACGCCGGGACCAACACCGAGACCGCCCCCGAUCUCGAUGACGGCGAUGACCAGAGCAUGACCAUGAACCUUGAUCCCCGUGACAACGACACAGAUAUGCCGACGGCUAGUCCUCCGGCCAGCGGGUACGCCACCGGCCCUGACGCCAUGGAGGAUGACGAGGAGAACCUGGCUACUCGGAGUGUUGGCACCUUCGAGGACAGGAUGAGCGACUACGAUGAUGGUAGGGAAAGCUUGGUGGGCUUCGGAGAGGGCGCGGGAAGUACGGUUAGUGGACCGAUAUACCACCGACGUCCGUUGCCUGGACAGAUUCCCGGUGGUCCUCCGGGAUGGGGACUGGAGAGGAGCAGCUCCGGAUUGUCAGAUAUGAUGGCCGGCAGCGGUGGCAGCGGCGGCGGUGGUCGACCCCCGACGAGCAGUGGUAGCAUCGGCAGAGGAAGCGCUGGUGGUGGAGGAAGGGACGUCAUCCGCGACAUCAUCCGUCGCGAAGGGGGUAUGCUCCAGGACCGCGAAUACAGCGGUAGUGGCGGUAACGACUCCACACCCGCCAGCCAAUCGGCAGUGUUUAAUGAACGCCGUGAUGCCAGAAUGGUGGAUGGCGUCGCCUUUGACCGCGAUCACAAUCCCGCUGCUGCCCGCGUCCGGAGCCAGUUUGCGCCGAUGGACGAGGAUUUUGUCGAUACCACGGCUACCGGUCCCUUGCCGCUUCCGCAGAAUUAUUCUCCCACCUCGGCUGGCCGUCAUUACCGCGAAGAGAGACCGAGGUCGAAUCAGCAGCAGCAUCAUCCGUACCCGUUUCAGCAGUAUCAACAUCAUCAACUUCAGCAGCAGCAGCAGCAGCAGCAGCAGCAUAGCCAGACUUAUUCGGAGUUUCAGCUGAGGCCGAUGGAUGUGUCGUCACCGAUGACGCCGCCGACGGGCGAAGCAGAUCCGAGGGAGACGGCGGAGAGGAUGUUGGAGGGCAAUUUGACUGCUCAUGAUUGGAAGAAUGUCUGAGGAUAAAGGAGGCAGGUAGGUAAGUUCUUGAGAGCGUCUCGGGUCUGAACUUCUGCCAUUGAUUCGUCCUGCCUUUCCGCUUGAUUUUUAUUUUGUUUUCAUUUGAUUUCCUUGGUGCCAAUGUAGAUUGACAUUCGGGAUACGUUGCGGAUGCUGAACACGGGUUUGAACUAUGGGGCCAUUGAGGUUGAUAUCACGGGCUACUGGCGAGGG